AUGGAGGCGGCGGCAGCGUCAGCCGAGUACGGGUACUACGGCGGAGGCGCGGGCCCACGCGAGAGGAAGACCGCGGGGUGCGGGGACCACUUCGUCGUGGACGACCUCCUCGCGCUACCGUACGAUGACGACGAGGAAGGGGGCGGGGAGGCGGCGGCGGCAGGCGACGGCGGCGAGGCCCCGCCGUGCCUGCAGCCUGCUGUCGACGCCCACGGAGUCGUAGGCCUCGUCAAGGAGGAGCGCGGCGGCCUCGGGAAUUUCUCCGCCGACUCGUCCACCGUCACGGCCCUGGACAGCUGCAGCAACUCCAUCUCUGGGCUAGCCGACGGCGACUUCCCGGGGGAAUUCUGCGAGCCGUACGAUCAAUUGGCGGAGCUGGAAUGGCUAUCCAACUACAUGGGCGAGGGCGAGGAAACUUUCGCCGCGGAGGACCUCGAGAAGCUGAAGCUCAUUUCCGGCGGGUUCUCCUCGGUUCUGCCACCAGCUCCUGUGGCCCCUGCGGCCGCAGCUUCAGCCGCCGCCGCCUCUGCGGCACAGCCCGGUAUGUUCCUCCCGGAGGCACCGGUACCCGCAAAGGCCCGUAGCAAGCGCUCCCGCGCGGCUCCGGGCAACUGGUCGUCGCGGUUGCUCGUGCUCCCGCCGACCCCGAUGUCACCACCGUCCCCGGCGUCGAUGGCCGCCAUCUCGCCGGCGGAGUCCGGCAUCUCGGCGCCGCAGGCGUUCCCCGCCAAGAAGCCGUCGAAGAAGAAAGACGCGGCGCUAGCAGCGCCUCCCGCCUCAAACGUGUCCGCGGCAGCACAGCCCGGGCCCGGCGGCGGCGGCUCGUCGGCCGCGUCGGCAGAAGGGCGGCGGUGCCUGCACUGCGAGACGGACAGGACGCCGCAGUGGAGGACGGGGCCCAUGGGCCCCAAGACGCUGUGCAACGCGUGCGGGGUGCGGUACAAGUCGGGGCGGCUGGUGCCGGAGUACCGGCCCGCGGCGAGCCCCACCUUCGUGAUGUCCAAGCACUCCAACUCGCACCGAAAGGUGCUGGAGCUGCAGCGCCAGAAGGAGGUGGUGCAGCAGCCGCACCCGCACGUGAUCGCCGGCGGCGGUGGUCCUGCAGGCGGGCUGAUGCGCAUGCAGAGCGCGAUGCUGUUCGACGGGCCGUCGGCGCCCCCCAUCGUCGCCGCCGGCGACGACUUUUUGAUCCACCACCACUUAGGGACAGCAGACUACCGGCAGCUCAUCUAG